CACCUGGACGUCACCAUGCACUGUCGCUUGGGCGAAGGAUAUGACCACGCCAAAUGGUCGCCCGUGGGCACAGCCUCGUACCGAUUACUGCCAGAGAUCAUCCUCAAGGAAGAGAUUCGCGGAGAGGCCGCGGAGAGGUUACAGAAGUGCUUUAGCAAGGGCGUCAUCGAGCUGGUCGAUACAAAGA